AUGGAUACAAUGAAUCAUACUGAUUCAAGUUCUUCACCUUCUAGCGGCUUGACUAGAAAUGAGCAAAUAUUGAUAGCACAUGUUGUUUUAUCCUUAAUCCCAUGCCUUAUCACCAUCCCCCUUGGUAUAUUCAUUGCGCGUUUUCUUCGUAGAAUUUCUCUGUGGUUUCAUUUACAUUGGAUAUUACAAGUCAUUUUUUCUACAAUACCCAUUAUUGUCGGAUUUGUGAUUGUCCACCAUUUCAUGGAUAAAUCUCACUUUAACUGGGCUGAUGUACCACAUUCGGCAGUCGGACACAUUAUAACUUUCGUAAUGGUUUUCGAAGUCAUUUUUGGCGUUGUUUACAAUUUUGUUGAUAGACUUCAUUUAAAUAAGCUACGCAUACUUCACAAUUAUGUAGGCUACCUUACACUUAUUCUUGUGAUUGUAGACACUGCUCUUGGUAUUAUUCUAUGGGAAGUGCCAUAUAUUUGGCUUUAUCUUUUUGUUGCAUGGAUU